AUAAACCUGUUACGUAUAAUAUCUAAUAAAUUAUAAACUUUCUUUAAGUAGGGAUAGAACUCAUAUAAUAAUAAAAAAAUACUGCGGUUUUAAUUUCUUGUUCACUAUUAAAAAAAAUUUUAACUAGAUUGGAAAUCAAUAGACAAUAUUAAAAUGUUGGUAAAAAUAUUUUUGAUGUUCUGUGUGGCUACAACUGCCUUUGCUUUUGUUAAGCAAGACGAAAAGAGUGAAUUUAUUCAUGCAGUCCUCGGUUCUGUUACCAAUGUAGGUAGAGAAAUCUCCAAUGUAAUUACUGAUGACCCCGACAAAUUAUCCGUCGAUUUAAAUAAAAUGUACUCAAAGUACGAGUUUGCUAGCAAAGUAAAUGAUGUCAAAAAUAUGUUCAAAGACCAAGUUAGAAAAAAUGCUGACUCAGUAUACAAUUUUGUAAAAAAAAUGGACGAAGAAUUAGAAACUUCAUUUAAGAAAAAAGCCGACAUGAUUAAAAAGGAUGAUCCAGUAUUGGCUGAAAAAUUGAAUAAAAUUUAUGAUUUGACUUGUCAGAUUAAUAGAUUGUAUGAAGAUAUAGUAAAAUACGUACUAGACCCAGAAAAAGUUUCCAACUUCUUCGACAAGGUCAAAGAUUCACUAGAACCCGUGGAACGAAAAAUGGUUGAAGUAGUGAAAAAGUUAGAAGCUAUGGCUAUUGAACGAUUGCCGUCCAAAAGCAAGAAAAGAUUAAACUAAUAACUUGUACAUUUUUUUGUGCCUAACAUUGUAAAUUAAAUUAUUUUUAUUUUUGCUGAUUUAUUAUGUUAUAUCCAGUUGAAAAUUUAUUUUACUGAAACUAAAAUUGACUUUGAUCCUUUCAUAAAUAAAUGCAUUUUUUCCGUU